AGUGCAUCCACUACUGUGGCAUCCAGAGCGGUUGGCAUUUGGGGGGAGUAUUGCUUUUUAUCUGUCUAGCGAAUAAAACGGGGUAAAUAGCAUUAACAAAAAAAGGAUCAAAAAGGUAGGACGAGUAAAUGAGGAUUAAAUGAGAUCGUCCGUAAGUUACAUGUUAUCGCAAGCAGCUGGAGAUCCGAUUAUGGCGCAUCCAGACUAUGAACAGCACCAUUAUCAUCAUGGUUGUUUGUUAAUUCUGGUGCGAGGAAUCGGCUCCUCCAAGCCACGGUCUUUGCAGCGCAUCUUCGAACGAGUGCAGCGGGUGAACAAUGUCAAAAUACCUGCCGAUUCGAAAGGCAUUGCGAGGGAUAUCUGGGUGCGCUACAUACGUGACCAUCCGGUAGAGAACAAUGAUUGGGGUGACUUUCAAACCCAUCGUCGGUUGCUGGGCCUGAUCACUGUGGGUAAGUUCGAGGCCCAGAGCGAGCUGAACGAGCUGUGUCGAGUGCACGAAUCGCUGAAGGUGAAGUACACGCACACGUUGUUCGAUUCCCGCUGUUUGCUGUUCGGUCCGGGUACGGACGAACUGCAGCAGCUAAACGGUGGCGUUAGCGGGACGGACGGUGGCAAAGCCGCGAUCGAAAAGUGCUUCCAGACGCCGAGCAAUUUCAAGAGCCGCGCCUUCUUCUACCCCGAAAAUGAUCCUUGUAGCAACUUGGAAACAAAGAUUUCGGAGUUCAUAACCUCCAUCUACUAUAUUCUGGAGCACAAGCGAAUGGAAAAAACGAGCGAGAAGCUGGAGAAGGCACCGCUGCUGCUGGCGCCAUUCGAAAAGAAAGAUUUCGUCGGGCUGGACCUCGAGAGUAGAAACAACAAGAAGCGCUGCAUCGGGCGCAUGACGAAGCAUCUCGGCGAUCUGACGCUCCAGGCGGGUCUGGUCGCCGAGUCGCUAAAUUUCUUUCAUGCCGCCAGCGAAACUCUACGUGCCAUAAGUGACUCGCUGUGGUUGGGCGCUGCCAACGAAGGGCUCUGUGCGGCAUCCGCUAUACUGCUCUACCCGAACUUUCGCUACACCAUGUCUAUACAAAGAAACUCUAGUCUGCAGGAGAACUCUUCCUCUCCCCAGAAGUUCAAUCUUGCCCGCAACCAGCUGUACACCGGCAGCUACAAUGGCGACAGCUCCACGCUGAAGCACAAAAAAUCCGACAUGGUCAUUAACCUAAGCGCCUCCGAUACGACCACGAUUCUGAACGCGGACAAAACGUCCGCCUCGUCCAAUUCUUCGGCAUCGUCGAUUAGCUCGAGCUUAUCGUCCGGUUCGGCGGGCAGUGGUACGGCCAGCGGCAGUGGCUCCUCAUCCGACUCAGGGACGUUAGUGAACAAGACGGGGACCGGUGUGUCACCGAAAUUUCCGAGCAAUAUCUUGCAACCGGACGAAAUUACGGUGCGCUAUCGGGAUGCCAUCAUAAAUUACAGCAAGUACCGGAAUGCUGGGAUCAUUGAAACCGAGGCAGCGCUAAAAGCAGCACGUAUUUGUAUUGAGCAGGGUAAGAAUCUGGAUGUGGCUAUGUUUCUGCAGAACGUGCUUUAUAUUAAUCUGAACAUGACCGAGCAGCAACGGGUACGACGGUUCGAGGUACUGACGGAUCUGUACCAAAAGAUCGGUUACAAUCGCAAGGCGGCAUUCUGUCAGCGGUUGGCAGCCUGGCGUCAUGUUGCCCAAAGCAACAGCAACCCCGACUGGGGCCAGAGCUAUCGGUUGAUGUUGGAAAGCUUCUCCGGCCACAAACUGUCGUUGGAACCGAACGAGGUGCUCGAGAAUAAUAUGGGUUGGCCGGUGUUGCAGAUUGAUUUGCUGCAACAGCUAGUUGGAACCGCUCGACGAUUAGGCCAAUCCGCACUGGCAACGCGUCACAUGACUUUUCUGCUGCAAACGAUGUGGAAAAACUUAUCCGCCCAGGAACAGCGCGAAAUGGCACUGCAGCUACAAAAUCUUAGCGCUCAGUGUGAGGGAGCACCGGUUCCGUUGGUGCUGGAAAACGGAAUUGUAAUACCGCCGGCUAAUCUGACCGAUCUGCCCCAUUGCGGUCAGCUGCAGGUUAAGGAUCUAGCGCCGCAUCUUAAACCGGUCAAAAUCGUCGUUAACAAGGUGGACAGUGGGCCUUUUCUCUUUACGCCAAUCCACUUCAGUUCGCUUGAUCGGCGCGGCGUCGAGAAGGAUGAUAGCAAAAUCACGUUCAACUGGGUGCAGCACGAUGUUUGCGAGGUGAGCUUGAGCCUGAUGAACCCAUUACCGUUCGAGCUGCAGGUGACAGAUAUGCGGCUGCUAACGACGGGCGUUGUGUUUGAAGCCUUCCCACAAACCGUCACUCUGCAACCCAACGUGUCAACGAAUGUUUCCCUGCACGGCACAUCGAUCGAGUGCGGUGAGCUGGAAAUUCAAGGCUACAGCACACACACGCUGGGUGUGAAGUCGAACUGCCGUCUGAAGCAUAUGCUCCAUCGAAAGGAACGCCACUUGCCACCGUGCUACAAGGUGAAGGUAAUACCGGCGCUACCGAAGUUGGAGACGAAAACGAGCCUACCGCAGACGGCCACGUUCAGCGGAAUGCCAAACGCGGACUUUGUCACUACCUCGGCUAGCAUCACGCUGUACAAUGGCGAACGAGGCGAGUGUACGAUCACACUGAAGAACGCAAGCAACAUUCCGAUUGAGUACGUGGACGCUACGUUCCAUUCGACGUUGGAGGCUUCGUUACAGAAUCGGAUAUUUCAGCUAGCGACGGACGAGCUGCACAGGAAGUUGCCCAUCCAACCGAACGAAAGUAUCGACUUUAAGCUGGUGAUCUUCGGGGAGGCUGAUUUUCUCGGUGCGCUCACUGCCGGACCGGGCCAGAUAGCGGGUUAUGCGCUCUCGAACCACCCGGAUGGCAUGAACAGUGCUGGACCGCAAAGUUUAACCGUUUCACAUGGGGGAGGUGGCGGACCGUUACCGGGUGGGGGGUUGUUUUCGAGUGGUGGUAGUGGCAAUCCGAGCAUACCGAGCCGUAUAAGCUCACCGACGAACACGCAUCGACGCAAUGAGUUGCUGACGUCGAGUUUUCGUUCGUCUCAUUCGGGACACUCGUCGCUGGCCACGCUUAGCGUUGGCAUAUCGACCGGGCACAUGCCGCGGCAGCUGGACGCACAGCUGCGGUUCAAAUACUCCGGUGGAGAAGGCUUACAGGAAGGCUUCUGUCGACAGUGUGCAAUCUCGUUCAAUGUAGAGCUGCUUCCAAGCGCACAAAUUACCAACUGGGAUGUUUUGUCGGCGGAAAUACCGUCCCAGUUUUAUCUGGUGCUGGACGUGGUGAAUCUAACGGCGCAGGAAAUGUCACUCAACUAUACCUCCAACAAAACAAUACUCAUCGAGGCUAAGGAAAGCUGUCGUGUACCGGUGCCGGUGCAACGAUGCCCGCUAGAGCGCAUUUUUGCCGCUGUGGCCGAGCAUCAACAGCACCAACAUCACAACCACAAUAUGCACCAUCAUCACCAUCACCAUCAGCACCAUCAUCAGAUUCACUCGCUGGGUAGCGGUUCGGCGGACCAUCACAAUAUGCCUAGCAUUCUGAGCGGUGUUGCCGGUACGAGCACGAGCGACAAUUCCGAUCUGACCGAGCGCGUCUGUUCCGAGCAUAUAUCGGAAAAUGUGAAUCUGAAAUGGUCUCUACCUGCAAUCGAUUGUCACGGUACGGCUUCGUUGCGCGGUAUUACUCUCUCGCCAACGAUGCUCGAUUUGGUGACCGUCCCGCCGCUCGAGUGGGAGGUGAAAGUUGACGAUCAGGUGGUGGCACCACAGUCCGAGGUAUCCUGCGUUACAGGGCAAUUUCUAAGCUUUAGCAUUAGCAUCUGCAAUCUGUCCGCAUCGGUACUGCACCAGGUGCAGCUUUCGGUGCAGUUUUAUCAAGAUUAUCAAAACGGUGUUCAAAACUAUCGCCUAGAAACGCGUGUCACAAUGUCCGGCCCUAACCACAUACUCAUUCCAUCUCUUAAUAAAGACGAAAAAGCGUUCCACAAGUGCUCGGUACUAUUCUUCACCCCCGGUCGGUUUAAGGCGGAUAUUCAAUGCAGGUCCCUUAGCUCGACAUUGCAAACUGCACCGCUACAACGGCCGGACGAGUCCGGUGGGAUGCCGCUUAUAACGACACCGGGACCGGACAGUGCAUCACACGUGUGGCGGUUUAUUCCACCGAUCGAAAUAACCGUCCUAGAUCAACAGUAGGUGCGGAUGAACCUGACCAUAUUGACGUUAUGAUUGCGGAUGAUCGACUGGUGCGAUCUGUACGAGAACAAUAAUUGGAAAAUUACACAGGAAAUACGCAAUGCCCAUACAUACUUCAGAGAGGCAUUCGAGCAUAUUGAUUGUUGUUGUGCAAAACAAAAAAGAAAGCAAAACACAUAACACGGCUUAAAUAAGUACUACAUUCUGUACCUUUUUCGAAUGCAGACAGAAGGGGAGGCUUGUAGCAAUGUUGUUGUGCGAAGACGAAAGCGUAGAGUGCAUAUAUACAUAUAUAUAUAGCGUUUACAUUACUCUUUGUAUUAUUAAUACUGCAGAACAGAAAACAAGCGCUACGAAAGAUGAUGUCAGGGUCGGCUCACUAUAGACCGAUGUUUAGCAAUAGGCAUUGUUCGUAUAUUUGCAGAAUUUAAAUUAACUGGAAGCAAUAUGUGUAGGAAAUUAUCUCGAAACAAGCAUAUUAUUGUGCAGUAUGACGGGUGAUGUCUUGAGGGAAAGCUCGAUUUGUCCGAUGUGUCGAUGUUGCUACGAUCGAUCAGUAACACUACCCAUAUUAGCCGGUCUUAGACCUAAGUUGAGUUGAUGAUAUUAUGGGAUUUAAGCAGAGAACGAAGCGAUCAAAACAAAUGGUGGCCGGGGAAAAAACGAUUUGACAGUGAAUACUCUCACCCUACCCGCACAUCAUUAUUGGCGAAGAAUAUAUUAAUAAAACAUGCAAACAAGCAAGCAAGUAAAGGCGAAUUAGUUAUUAUACUCGUUGAAGACGAAGCAGUGUGGUAUAUCGGUUAGUUUACAUAUUAUUAUACCCUAUGUUUUCUUUUUUGCUCGAGGAAAACGUGAAUGUUAUUUAUGAACAAUUGAUGAAUACAUGCCAGAAAAA